UAUCAUUUUAAUAACGGCCCGUCAUGUAACUGGUAUUCGAACUGAUGUUGAUCCUGUUUCAAAACUUGUUCAUCGAUAUGAGGGUUGGAUUUUUUGGGAUUAUGCAGCAGCAGCACCUUAUGUUAAAAUUGAUAUGAAUCCAUCAAAAUUCGCUUAUAAAGAUGCUGUUUUUAUUUCUACACAUAAGUUUGUUGGUGGACCAUCAACGCCAGGUAUUUUAAUAGCUAAGAAAAAACUUUUUACCAAUCCAGUUCCAUCCGAUGUUGGAGGUGGUACAGUUAAUUUUGUUACUCGAACACAUAUUGAAUAUGUAAAAGAUAUUGAAGCACGUGAAGAAGGUGGAACACCUAAUAUUCUUGGUGCUAUUCGAGCUGGUUUAGUUUUUCAUUUAAAAGAAUCCGUCGGUUGUCACACAAUUAGAGCACGUGAAGAUGCAUUAGUUGCAAAAUUCUUUGCAAGAUUUCGAAAUCAUCCAAAAUUACUUGUACUUGGAUCAUCAACUGUUCCUCGAUUAGCAAUAUUUUCAUUUCGUAUAUAUGUACCUUUGUUUGAAAAAUAUUUACAUCAUAAUUUUAUUUGUGUAUUAUUAAAUGAUUUAUUUGGUAUUCAAGUACGAUCAGGAUGUUCUUGUGCUGCACCGUAUGUUUUGGAUCUACUUAAUAUUGAUGAUCAAACAGCAGACAUUUAUACAAAAUUUAUAACAGAAGAUGAAAAGAAUCGAUCUGAUGGAAUACCUAAGAUUGAAUUAAUGAAAUUCGGCUUUACUCGAUUUAAUUUAGCAUAUUUUGUAACUGAUCAAGAAGCUGAUUAUAUUUUAAAUGCAGUUGAAUUUAUUGCAAAUGAUGGAUGGAAAUUUUUAUCAUUGUAUACUUAUGAUGCAAAAACAGCUGUUUGGCGUCCUCGUACUAUACCAUCGGGAAAACAUUUUUAUCAAUAUCAUAGUCUUCAGAGAAUUACUUAUGAAAAUAAUACGAAAGAAGUGAAGUUUAGACAACAACAAACUGAACUUUCGAAUUCAAAUGCUGCUCACUUAUUUACAAAUUCGUCUUCAUCAGAUGAUGAUCCAAUUGAAGAAGCUAAAUCAAUGGCAAAUAAUAUACCAAAAUAUGUUCAUGAAAAUGUUGAUUUUCGAACUGAUCCACCAUUAAAUAUUCCAGAUGAAUAUAAAGAUUUUAUUUGGUUUGUUACACCUAAAGAGAUUAUUCAAAAAAUAAUCAUUGAUUAUGAACAAAAUCAAAAAUAUUAUUUUAAAUCAGUACCGUUUCGUUCGAAAAUGUAUUAUUUGUAA